UUAAAGCAGUAUGUAGAAUUUAAGCGAGCAGAUGCUGAGUUUUGUUACCGUGCCCAAUUUGGGGAUAGAUUUAUCGCAGACCUGGCAACUCUAUUGUACGCUCUGCUAUCAUGUGCAAAAUAUUAUGUCAAAGUACCCGUUCUCUGUAGGCUUUUUCUGCUCAUUUCUCUCAUGCACACUUUGAAGAUCACUUGCUUUCCAAACGUCUGAGAAGCCUGAAGAUCUUCUUUGAAAUCACCAUGAUUCAGUUUGGGCUUCCACAUUCAACUUAUAUUCUUUUAACUCUGGCACUAUCAUGCAUACUGAUCAGCCAGUUGUAUCUUCACCACACAUCGACUGUAAGAGUGCCAUCAUCCCCAGAGUUCACAGCAAUAAAAGUGCCAAAGGCCGGAGAUCUGUUCAAGAACAACACCAGGAACGUUUCAAAUAAUCAAAAUUCAAGCGAAUUACCAAACCACUCCACUGUUGCUGGAAGGAACUGCGGUCUUCCCGUGGAGAAACGGUUCGAUUGUGCCCGCGAUCGAACCGUUGCUCAGGCGGAGUGUGAGGAACGAGGCUGUUGCUACUUGCCCCUACCCCAGUCUGAGUACAGUGGGCCGCCAUGGUGCUUCUACCCUGUGUCAUAUCCUGGCUACCGAAUGGGACCGCUUUCUCCCACACCUAGGGGUCAGUCAGCCACUCUUACUCGCAUCACGCCUUCUUACCUGCCCCGAGACAUCUCCACUCUGCAGCUGGAAGUGAUGGAGGAGGAAGCAGGCCGCUUACACCUUACUCUGAAGGAUCCCUCAUCAACUCGAUAUGAAGUUCCCUUUGUUAGAGUGCCAUCCAGUAGACAUACAGACAUGCAAGACUUCCUCUAUGAUGUGGACUUUCAGUCAGACCCAUUCAGCUUUGUGGUCCGUCGCAGAUCAAACGGCCGAGUGCUACUGAACACCACUGUAGCACCGCUCCUGUUUGCAGACCAGUACCUGCAACUCUCCACCUCUCUGGCAUCUACUUUCAUCUCUGGAUUUGGGGAGCACUACACACACCUGACGCUGGAUCUCAACUGGACCUCUGUCACUCUGUGGAACAGAGAUAUGGCACCACAUAGCAAUGCCAACCUUUACGGUUCCCAUCCAUUCUGCUUAGUUCAGGAGGGUGAUGGUCAGGCUUAUGGCAUCUUCUUUCUUAAUAGCAAUGCAAUGGAAGUAGCACUGCAGCCCAUGCCAGCACUGACCUGGGUGACCAUCGGAGGAAUUCUGGACAUCUACAUCUUCUUAGGCCCUGAUCCACAGAGCGUAGUCCGCCAGUACCAUGAGGUUAUUGGUUAUCCCAUGAUGCCUCCUUAUUGGUCUUUGGGGUUCCACCUCUGCCGAUGGGGCUACACCUCCACCAAUGUGACCAGAGCUGUGGUGCAGCGGAUGCAGCAAGCCCAUUUUCCUCUCGACGUGCAAUGGAAUGAUCUUGAUUAUGCUGACGAGAAGCGAGUCUUCACCUUUGACCCACAGAGGUUUGGAGACUUGCCUGAGAUGGUGCAAGAGUUCCAUGAGCAGGGACUGAAGUAUGUGCUUAUUGUGGAUCCAGGCAUCAGUAGUACGAGUCCUCCAGGUUCAUACAAACCUUUUGAUGAUGGACAGCAGCGGGGUGUUUUCAUCAAAAACCUGACAGGACAAACACUUAUUGGGAAGGUAUGGCCUGGACCAACAGCAUUCCCAGACUUCACUAAUCCAGAUACAGUGAGCUGGUGGGAAGAGUGCAUCAGAGACUUCCAUGCCAAUGUGUCACUUGAUGGCCUCUGGAUAGAUAUGAAUGAACCUGCUAGUUUUGUUCAGGGUUCGGUGCAUGGAUGCCCAAACACAGACCUAGAGAGUCCACCUUAUACUCCAGAUGUUAUAGGAGGUCAGUUAAACUCGGGCACUCUGUGUAUGAACAGUCAACAAGCGUUGUCUUCUCAUUACAACCUACACAACCUGUAUGGACUGACUGAGGCUAUUGCCACCUACAGCGCGUUGCUGAAAGCGAGAGGCUCUCGGCCGUUCGUGCUGUCCCGCUCCUCUUUCCCAGGACUGGGCCGUUUCUCAGGUCACUGGACAGGAGAUGUGCGUAGUGACUGGGAGCAACUUCGAUACUCUAUCCCCGCUGUGCUGCUGUUCGGGCUGUAUGGGGUUCCUCUGGUUGGGGCAGAUGUGUGUGGAUUCGAAGGCGACACUAACGAGGAGCUGUGUGUGCGCUGGACUCAGCUGGGUGCCUUCUAUCCAUUCAUGAGGAACCACAAUGAUAGACCUAAUGCUCCCCAGGAGCCUUAUGUAUUUGGACAGCAGGCCCAGGCAGCCAUGAGGAAUGUGCUGAUGCUCAGAUAUGCUCUUCUACCCUACCUGUACACACUUUUCCACCAUGCACACACCUCAGCCAGCACUGUAGCAAGACCCCUCUUUAUGGAGUUCCCAUCUGAUCCAAACUGUCUGAUGAUAGAUAGGCAGUUCCUGUGGGGGAGUUCUCUGCUCAUCAGUCCAGUCCUAGAUCAGGGAGUUGUGGAUUUGGCGGCGUAUCUCCCCCCUGCGAUGUGGUAUAGUCUGCACAAUGGCCAACCUUACAACAGCAAGGGCCAGUACCUGCUCCUUCCGGCUCCACUAGAUACCAUCAAUGUCCAUGUGAGAGGGGGCUAUAUUAUUCCACAACAGGUGCCUGCAUUGACGACCUCAGCCUCACGCAGUAACCCCUUCGUCCUGACGGUGGCACUCUGCUCACAGGGCCAGGCCAAAGGGGAGCUGUUCUGGGACGACGGGGACAGCCUAGACACAUUUGAGCGUGGAGAUUACUCAUAUGUUAGCUUCAUGGCAGAACAGUCACAGCUGGUGGGUGAGCCAUUAAAACUGAAUGGAGCUCUGGAUGGUUUAGUUGUGGGAGAGGUGCGUGUGUUUGGAGUGCCAACUCCUCCUACAGGAGUGUGGGCUAAUGGGAAACAAGUGAGGGAUUUCUCUUACACCACAGACACCAAGGUUCUUACAGUGUCGAAUCUGGCCCUGCUGAUAUCAGAAACGUUCACGGUGCAGUGGAGUUUAUGAAAUUUCUGCUGUUCUCUCAUUACUGGAUAAUGGAAUAACUACUAAUGUAACUGUAAUGAUGAGAAUGCCACAUGUCAUAUGUCAACUGCACUGGAUGUUUUGCAGUUCAGUUUUUUUAUAUAUAUAUACUCAAUAAACUUUACAU